UUAAUGACUGAUUUUAAAUGCCCUUUUCUUAAUGUCUUUCAUUUUUUGUAAAGCACUUUGAAUUGCCUUGUGUUGAAAAGUGCUAUAUAAAUAAACUUGCCUUGCCUAAUAAAUGCCACCACAAACCCGAGCUGGAUGAAGUUGUCACCAGUGCUGUGGUGGUGUUCUCCAGCUCCCACAGUGACAGAAAUGUUGGAAAACAUUUUGAAAAUCUCCAAGGACUACUGACAAAUUCAGCGCAGUCAAACUUGGACGAUUCAACCAUUGUGGAAGACUGUGUGAAUGAUAUCGGACCUACGCCCUUCAAACAGCAUUUUGAGGACUUAAUAACCCAAACAGUUAUUGAGAAAUCUGGUGAUGACAACAUGUACUUCUGCCCGACUUUCAUCCCUUCCUUGCUUAAGUACUUUCUGCCCCUGGCUGGUCUGUGGUCUGGCCUACUCUUGGGUGACCUUGGACGCCAUGGAACAGGGACCAUUUAUCAGAAACUUUCCCAGAAGUACAAAAAUGCUGCAAAAAAACCCACACAGAAUUACACAGAGGACAACAAAACUCAAGGGAUAAUGGAAAAAAGCCAGUGGGACCUCAAAAAGAUCCGUUUUCAACGGAGACGUCUGACCAGGCUGGACGAUUUUGUACAUACAUACAAAGUCACCUUGAGCGCCCUGCUAAGGGAAUAUGGCGACUCUCUGAGGAGGGGGAAGAAGACCCAUCGUGCGGACAUGGAGCGAUGGAAACAAAGAAAGCAGAACAGGUCGAGGAGUUUAUGUGACACCCAUAAGCAAGCCUUUUGUUUUCAGACAGCACAAGAAGAAUCUCAUGCAGAAGACAAAAACAGCAAAAGCUCCAGCUCCACUACAAAAACAAGCGCCAGGUGAAACGGAAGCACAUAUUCCAUCACAGGAUCCACAAGACAAGGUCAAUCUUCAUCCACAUCAGACAUGACGGAGCUGAGGAUGCCGCACAGGGAGGUAAAGUGGAUGCUUCAUCAGAGCUUGUGGAAAAAAAAGGACACUGAGGUGGUGGUGUCUGUAGUCCCCACUCAAAUAAGAGGCAACAGUUUUACCAUCCGUCACUCUGACAUGCGGACCCUUAGACCACACCAGUGGCUGACAGGCGAGAUCAUCGAGUGUCUUUUCCAUAUACAUGCACAUAAAUGUGAACUGGGGACGAGGAUUUAUAUUAUCAACCAUUACUCAGCUGGUGUGAUCCUCUUUGGGAAAAGAGAAGAGGUCAUGAAGCACACUUUGUCAAAGAUACACUUCGACAGCUAUGGAGCCAUUGUGUCCUUUGUACAUGUGGACGGUGUACACUGGAAAUGUCUGUACAUCAAUGCUGAAGAAAGCACAGUGUAUUUAUCACUACCUGCACGCAACUCUGCAGAGCAGGCAGAGUCAGACAAUGCUGCAAACAAAUCCAGUGAUUACUUCAAAAUGAGGAGGACCUGCUGCAGUAAGACGGACUGGGUAGACAUAAAAUGGAAGAGAGGAGUAAUGAAACACCCAGUGCAGCAGGAGGGCAAUAGCUGUGGGGUAGUUGUCUGCAUGAUGGCAAAGGAGGUCAUGGAAGUGUUUCCUAAAACACCAACAAUGGCCUUUGGGACCACAAAAAAGGAGAUGGCGCAUCAAAGAAAAGUGUUGGCCAUGGAAAUACUGACAGCAUCAGUGUUUGACAAAGAAGUCAACUGUGCCAUGUGUGCCGGCAUAAAACCACCCGGCUCAAUGCCACAUCACACCCACACUGACUGGAUUCAGUGUGACAGCUGUUUCCGGUGGUGCCACACAGUGCCUGCAUAUGGACCAAAAGUCUCUUGAAGAGGCACAAGUUGGGGACUGGGUUUGCUCUCUGUGUGACAACAUGCGGUUGCUGUAUGUCCUAUAUUAACAACAAAAGGCACCGGCUGGGGACUGGGACUCCAGACUUUUCCAAAAAGCAGGGGAUGUGGUUGCUGUGAAAUAGUUUUCAUUUAUAUGCUCAAUUUGAUAUAUUUAGAAUAUAUAUUUGAGAUUUGUUUAACUAAGAAGUGACCGUUGAAUAAAUAUUGCAAAACAAA